GUGUUGUCUCGUUCAGAGCGGCUUUGUGAACCGGUUCAGCUAGUUCAUUAAAAAGAUCCGACUCCCAAAAAUGAUUCAUUGGCUAGUCGUGCAUCGCUCGUAGCAACCAAAACAAUUCCAUUUGACUUCCGCCCCGCUGUUUGUUGAAUCAGUCAGACACCAUGGCGCUCGGUGUCGGACUGAUGUCGGUUCUCCUCCUGAUCCUACCACUGCUCACGUAUGCCACAACACCAAGUUUCACCAUCGAUUACCAUCAAAACUGCUUCCUUAAAGAUGGAGAGCCGUUUCGCUACAUCUCCGGCAGCAUCCACUACAGCAGGAUUCCCAGAGUCUACUGGAAGGACAGGCUACUCAAGAUGUACAUGGCUGGUUUGAACGCCAUCCAGACAUAUGUGCCCUGGAACUUCCACGAGCCGGUGCCGGGACGGUAUGACUUCAGCGGAGAUCGGGAUCUAGAGCACUUCCUUCAGCUGUGCAAAGACAUCGGCCUGCUGGUCAUCAUGAGACCAGGCCCUUACAUCUGUGCAGAGUGGGAUAUGGGGGGUCUGCCUUCCUGGCUGUUGAAAAAGAAAAAUAUUGUGCUGCGAUCAUCUGAUCCAGAUUACCUUGCAGCAGUGGAUAAGUGGAUGGGGCAGUUGUUGCCCAUCGUAAACCGUAACCUAUACCAGAAGGGAGGACCCAUCAUUAUGGUGCAAGUAGAGAAUGAAUACGGGAGUUACUUUGCCUGUGAUUAUAAUUACAUGCGGCAUCUCAGGGAGCUGUUCCGCUCUCAGCUGGGAGAAGAGGUGGUGCUGUUCACCACAGAUGGAGCAGGUGUGGGUUAUCUCAAGUGCGGGUCCCUCCAGGGCAUCUAUGCCACUGUUGACUUCGGCCCAGGUUCAAAUGUGACUGCUGCUUUUAAAGCACAGAGACAUGCAGAGCCACAUGGGCCUUUGGUGAACUCUGAGUUCUACACAGGCUGGCUGGAUCACUGGGGCAGCAAACAUGCCGUCAUUUCUACAGCUGCUGUGGUCAAGAGCCUCAAUGAAAUUCUGGAAAUUGGAGCCAAUGUCAACUUAUAUAUGUUCAUCGGUGGAACUAACUUUGGCUAUUGGAAUGGCGCCAACUCUCCUUAUGGUUCUCAACCAACCAGCUAUGACUAUGAUGCUCCACUCACGGAAGCUGGAGACCUCACAGAAAAGUAUUUCGCCAUAAGAGAAGUUAUCAAAAUGUACAAAGAGAUCCCACAAGGACUGCUCCCUCCAUCAACACCUAAAUUUGCUUACGGAAAAGUGAAAAUGAAGAAGCUCAAGGCCGUGUCAGAGUCUUUAGAUAUAUUAUCUUUCUCUGGUCCUGUAAAAGCUCUUUACCCACCAACAUUUACUGAAAUGAAUCAGGCCUUUGGCUUUAUGCUGUAUCAGACUGUGUUACCUGUCAACUGUUUGAAGCCCACCCCACUGUCGUCCCCGCUAAAUGGAGUCCAUGAUCGGGCAUAUAUAUCCAUUGAUGGUAUUGCUGCUGGUAUUUUGGAGAGGAACAAGGCACUCACCCUCAAUAUAACGGGGAAAGCUGGCAGCCGUGUGGACAUCCUAGUGGAAAAUAUGGGCAGAAUCAACUACGGCAAAGAAAUUAAUGACUUCAAGGGUCUGGUGUUUAAUCUGACUCUGGGUGCUGAUGUUCUGGGUAACUGGACGGUGUACUCUCUGAGUAUAGAUGAAGCCGUGCGCAAGGGGCUGUUAUCGGCAUCAAACGGAUUCAUCUCCACCUCCAACAGCUUCACCACCUCUUCUCCUCCUCCUCUUUCACCUCCAACCUUCUACGCUGGCAGCUUCAUCAUCCCUGAUGGCAUUCCUGACCUCCCUCAGGACACAUACAUCCAGUUUCCCAACUGGAGGAAGGGUCAAGUGUGGAUUAACGGUUUUAACGUGGGCCGCUACUGGCCAUCCCGUGGGCCACAGGUGACCCUCUUUGUCCCAGCCAACCUGCUCAGCACCUCCGUCCAAAACAACAUAACUGUUCUGGAGUUAGAGGCGUCGCCUUGUUCCUCAGGUUCCUGCACGGUGGAGUUCACUGAUACUCCUGUCAUAAACAGCACUGUGAAGACAACCGGACACUUCAAGAGAAGUUCAACAGACAAGACCCUCUGGAGCAGAACGAUCUUAGAUUAAAACAUUCGCAGCAACACGUAUUUCACUGAUUUGAAAGGAAUCUGAAGGAUGAAAUGGGAAUUUGUAAAGGAUAUGACAGUACUGUAUGGAAUAUGCGAUAACUGUGAAUGUACAGUAGUAUCUCGCAUGUGUACAGUAACGUACAGUAAUUCUCAGGUAUCAGUGCUGCUCAGAAAAUGAGCUGUGAUCUUAAUUUUAACGCAUUAGAUGCCUUUUAAGAUGAUGUUAAUAUUGAUUUUAUACUGCCAAUUUGAAGUCCUCCUAGUAUUUGCACUUUUAAUUGUUUUAAUAAUACUAGAAAUCUUAGUUUUUAUUUUGACAGGCAUGCUAUGUUGUUAAGACAAGUGCCUUUUUUUUUUUCUUUUUUGCAAAUUAGUGACUUUUUUUGCACCACAUGCUUUGUGAUAUAUCACUAUGAAAAAAAUGUUGAAUGUUUUUCUAUCUGUGUACUGUUAAAGCAGAAAAAAAAAUCUGUGGUUGUGUGUAAAAUAAACUGCAUUAUUUUAUACAGCC